AUGGCAGCAAUUCUUCUCCGCUCCGUAUUUAACAAGAAGGUUCCCCUUCAACUGGGUCGCGUGUGCUACUCCUCCUCCUCAGUGCCCACCACCAAGCUUUUUAUCGAUGGCAAGUUUGUUGAGUCCAACACAUCUGAAUGGCUGGACAUUCACAAUCCUGCCACUAAUGAAGUGGUGGGACGCUGUCCCAAAGCUACUCAGGAGGAGAUGCUGGCAGCCGUGGAUUCUUGCUCCAGAGCCUUCAAGUCCUGGUCCGAGACGUCUGUCCUCAGCAGGCAACAGAUCUUCCUGCGCUACCAGCAGCUCAUAAAGGAUAAUAUUAAAGAACUGGCAAAAGCGAUCACCUUGGAACAGGGCAAAACUCUUGCAGAUGCAGAGGGAGACGUAUUUAGAGGACUGCAGGUGGUGGAGCACGCCUGCAGCAUCACAUCCUUGAUGCUGGGGGAAACGUUGCCCUCCAUUACCAAGGACAUGGACACGUAUACCUACCGCCUGCCCAUCGGAGUGUGCGCCGGCAUCGCCCCUUUCAACUUCCCCGCCAUGAUCCCACUGUGGAUGUUCCCCAUUGGGAUGGUGUGUGGCAACACGUACCUGAUGAAGCCCUCUGAGCGCGUCCCGGGCUGCACCAUGCUUUUGGCUAGAUUGCUCCAGGACGCCGGGGCACCAGAUGGUACACUGAACAUCAUCCACGGGCAGCAUGCAGCGGUAAACUUUAUCUGUGACCACCCGGCCAUCAAAGCCAUCAGCUUUGUGGGAUCCAACCAAGCUGGAGAAUAUAUCUAUGAGAGAGGCUCCAAGAAUGGCAAGAGAGUGCAGUCCAACAUGGGUGCCAAGAACCAUGGUGUGGUGAUGCCCGAUGCCAACAAAGAGAACACGCUCAACCAGCUUGUGGGUGCUGCCUUUGGAGCAGCUGGCCAGCGCUGCAUGGCUCUCUCCACGGCUAUUUUUGUGGGGGAAUCUCGUGAAUGGCUCCCAGAGCUGGUGGAACGCUCCAAAUCGCUUCGCGUAAAUGCAGGCGAUCAGCCUGGGGCGGAUGUGGGUCCGCUGAUCUCCCCUGAGGCAAAGGCCAGGGUGGAGUUCUUGAUUCAAAGUGGCGUGGAAGAGGGCGCCAAGCUGCUUCUGGAUGGGAGAAAUGUUCAUGUCAAAGGAUAUGAACGUGGAAACUUUGUUGGACCCACCAUAUUGGGCAAUAUUACGCCUGACAUGAAAUGCUACAGAGAGGAGAUCUUUGGGCCGGUGCUCAUCAUCCUGGAGGCCGAAACUCUUGACGAAGCCAUCUCUCUAAUCAACAGCAACCCUUAUGGCAACGGCACCGCUAUCUUUACUAACAACGGAGCCACGGCACGCAAAUACACACACGAGGUGGAUGUAGGCCAGAUUGGGGUAAACGUACCUAUCCCUGUCCCCCUCCCGAUGUUCUCCUUCACUGGUUCAAGAGGCUCAUUCAGAGGGGAUACCAACUUCUAUGGAAAGCAGGGCGUUCAGUUCUUCACGCAGAUCAAAACUGUGACAUCGCAGUGGAAAGCCGAGGAUGCCACUGUAACAAGCCCGGCUGUUACCAUGCCAACCAUGGGUCGCUAA